CCCCACCUACAAUCACCAUGGCAGGCAUAUUCGAGCAGCAGCGGAACGCCGGCACCCUCUUCCUUGGAGGCGAAAAGAUCAGUGGCCAGGACAUCCGCGACCAAAAUGUUCUCGCAACGACCGCAAUCGCCAACAUAGUGAAGUCCUCGUUCGGCCCCUCAGGACUGGACAAGAUGAUGGUGGACGACAUUGGCGAUGUCACCGUCACGAACGACGGCGCCACUAUUCUCAGUCUGCUCGACGUCGAGCACCCCGCUGGCAAGAUAUUAGUGGAACUGGCGCAACAGCAGGACAAGGAGGUCGGAGACGGGACCACAUCCGUGGUGAUAAUAGCGGCGGAGCUGUUGAAGCGGGCGAACGAGCUCAUGAAGAACAAAAUACAUCCCACCACCAUAAUCACAGGCUACCGGCUGGCGCUCCGCGAGGCGGUGAAAUACAUGAACGAGAAUAUUAGCAUAAAGGUGGAUACCCUGGGACGGGAGAGUCUGAUCAAUAUCGCCAAGACGUCCAUGUCGAGCAAGAUUAUCGGGUCCGAUUCAGCUUUCUUUGCCAGUCUGGUCGUGGAUGCCAUGCAGGCUGUCAAGUCUUCGAACACCAAGGGCGAGGUCAAAUACCCUGUCAAGGCCGUGAAUAUCCUCAAAGCGCACGGCAAGAGCGCUACGGAGUCGAUGUUGAUCAAGGGAUAUGCGUUGAACUGCACAGUCGCCUCCCAGGCCAUGAAGACGCGGAUUCAGGACGCCAAGAUCGCGUGUCUGGACAUAAAUCUGCAGAAAGAGAGAAUGAAGCUGGGCGUACAGAUCACUAUCGACGACCCGCAACAACUCGAGAAGAUCAGGGAGCGAGAAGCUGGAAUUGUGAUUGAUCGAGUGGAGAUGAUCCUUAAGGCUGGUGCCAACGUUGUCCUCACGACGAAAGGCAUUGACGAAUUAUGCUUGAAGAUGUUCAUUGAGAAGGGCGCUAUGGCCGUACGGAGAUGCAAAAAGGAGGAUUUGCGGAGGAUAGCUAAGGCUACGGGAGCGACACUCAUCUCCUCACUAUCGGAUUUGAACGGCGACGAGAAGUUCGAAGCUUCCUCGCUGGGACAAGCGGAGGAAGUGAUACAAGAGCGCAUUUCAGACGACGAGUGCAUUUUGGUCAAGGGCACCAAGGUCCAUUCCUCCGCCUCCAUCAUUCUCCGCGGAUCGAACGACUACCAGUUAGACGAAAUGGAGCGGUCAGUCCACGAUUCUUUAUCUGCUGUAAAGCGGACUCUGGAGAGUGGCCGCGUAGUACCCGGCGGAGGAGCGGUGGAGACGGCCCUUCAUAUCUACCUCGAGGAAUGGGCGACCUCAGUCGGCUCCCGCGAACAGUCCUCCAUCGGUGCCUUCGCCGCCGCUCUCACCGCCAUCCCCACCACUCUCGCCGUCAACGCCGCAAAAGAUGCCUCAGAACUCGUCUCCCAACUCCGCAGCCGCCACGCCCUCUCCCAAAAGACCGCCGACGACCCCGCUGCCACCAAAGACCAGAAAGCCAUCGCGCGCUCCAAGAACUACAAGAACUACGGUUUGGACCUCGUCAACGGCAAGGUCUGCGACGAGAUCAAGGCAGGCGUGCUCGAGCCCAGUAUGAGCAAGGUGAAGCAGCUGAAGAGCGCCGUCGAGGCGUGCGUGGCUAUCAUGCGGAUUGAUACGCUGAUUAAGCUGGAUCCGGAGGAGAGGGUGGUAGUAGGAAUACUGAAGAACUACGUACCUAGAUAGCUCCUAGUCGGACCUUAAUGUAAAAGUUUAGACAACGACACAUCAACGAAACACAAGCGCUUAGAC